AUGAAAUCGUUAAUAUACAUUUACACUGCAACAACAUUUAUAUUAAUAAUUAUAAUAUACAUAAAUAUGACUUACAAUUAUAAUCAAAUAAUAGUAAGCAAUGAUCUUUUUUUUGAAGAUACUCAUAUUGAUUAUAAAAGAGAUAUAUUAAAUAACAAAUGGGAUCAGUGGAGAUCUCCAAUUAAAUAUUUUGUGGAAUCUUCUAUUACAAGUGUUAAUGUAGAAAUUGCAAUAAAAGAAAUAAUGAAUAAAACUUGUAUUAAAUUUGAAAAAAUAGAAAAAAGUACUAAUCAAACACAAGAAUUAUAUUUUCAAAAAAGUGAUAAAUGUUUAUCGAAAAUUGGACAUUGGAAAAAAAAUCAUACACAAUUUAUUGAGCUAAAUUCUAAUUGCUACAAAAGUCCAUAUGUUAUUUUACAUGAAAUUGGACAUGCUUUAGGUUUGGUACAUGAACAUGCACGAACGGAUAGAGAUGAAUACAUUCAAAUUAAUACAGGUAAUAUGGAAUCCAACCAGCUAUUCAACCUUAAAAUUUUGAACGAUUCAGUAUAUAUUAAUUAUUCAACUUCUUAUGACUAUGCUGCAUUAAUGCACUACGAUCAAUAUGAAUUUUCCACUUUUUGGAGUUAUCUUUUUGGUUGGCCUGUUAUGGAGUCAAAAUUAGAACGUGAAUAUUCAUGGAUGAUGGGACAACGUGAAAAAAUGACUUUUAAUGAAUAUAAACAAAUUAAUUUAUGCUAUUGUAACUGGUGCAAUUGGGUAAACAACGAUACUGGUUUACAAAUUGAAAAAGAUGAAACAAAACAAUUGUGCAAAAAUGGUGGUUAUCCAAAUUUUAACAAUUGUAGUAGAUGUCUUUGCCCUACUGGUUACACAGGAGAUUUUUGUGAUAGUAUAAUUGAAAGUGAUACAGAAUGUGGCAAAACUAAAUUUGAUGUUAAUUCAAGUCAAGUACCUAUAAUAUUAAAUGGACAAAUGAAUUGCUACUUUUAUUUAAAAGCAGAAGCAUCGAAAAAAGUUCAACUUAUAAUAACCUACGUUAAUGCACCAUACAGUGGACAUAUUUGUACUGAAAAAACUGGUUAUCAAGUUAAAUAUAGAAAAGACAAAGGUGCUACUGGUCUACUUUUAUGUGGUCAUCAUUGGAGACAUAUAAAUCUUAAAUCUGAAUCAAACGAUAUUCUUAUAUUUUAUAGAGGAGAAACUGGACAUAGUUUCAUGCAUUUUAUUUUUCAUCAAUAUGAUUAA